AUGUCUGCCCGCUAUGGGGGCGGCGGCCCGAUGCGCAAAGGCAACGAUUUUGGACACUGGGGCUGGCCGGAUGAGCGCGACGCUCACGGCGACGGCCGGCCAAGACAUCGGGCUGAGCGAUACGGCUCCCUUUCGCACUCACCGCGUGGCCCCCCCCCAGCCGCUCGAAACAACAUGCCUUCCCGAGCUCGCGUCCACGACAGCAGCGCCGAGAGGCAAAUCGCGUCGGUUCUGGAGAAUAUCCGGUCCGAGUGGCCCUCCAUGUGCCAGAGCAACUCGGUACCGGUCCAGCUCGCGCUGCAGUUGUUGGACACGAGCUCGGUCGGCCGAGCCCACGAAUAUCGCAAGUUCCAGGAUUCCCACAAGUAUCUCCAGGACUCGUUGAAGAACAUUGUCCACGAGCACCACCAGGGCUUCAACAGCUCCAUAGGCACCUUUCACAAGAUCCAAGGCAGCAUCCAGGCGUCGCAGAAGCGUGUCCGCGGCCUCAAAGAGUCGCUGGCGAGCGCCAAGGCGAGCCUGUGCUCCACCGAUCCCGAGCUCCGCAAGCUCUCCCAAACCUCGCGGGAAUACGACGAGCUGCUGCAGACGUUGAACGAGCUGGACGACUUGCGCGCCGUGCCUGAUCAGCUGGAGGCCCGGAUCUCGGAGAAGCGAUUCCUGGCCGCCGUGGAGAUGCUGCAAAACGCGCUGAGAAAGCUCAGACGCCCAGAGCUGGAUGGCAUCGGCGCCCUCAACGACCUACGGCUGUACCUGGUCAACCAGGAAACGGUGCUGAUGGACAUUCUCGUCGAGGAGCUGCACGACCACCUGUACCUCAAGUCGCCGUACUGCCAGGAGAGGUGGCAAAUCCUCGCCAAGACGCAAGGCGCCUCUGCUGACGGGUAUGGGGACGCCAGCAUCGUCUCGCCCUUUCACGCCGCGCUGGAAGCCAUCGAUCUGGAAAAGGCUGUGGCGGAGGACCCCAUGAAGAAUCCCGAAGCGGACACGUUCAACUACAUCGGAUUGCUCGUGGAAGCCUUGAACAAGCUGGGUCGUUUGCAGAACGCCGUGGAAACUCUCAAGCAGAGGAUGCCGGUCGAGCUAUUCGGCGUCGUCAACGAGACCAUCAACGAGGUCGAUCAGAGACACCCAAGCUCUCUUCGCGGGGCCCACGGCAAGUCGGACGGGAUACUGGUCUACAACAAUAGGGAGACGCAGAUGCGGGCAGACGUCAUUUACGACCUGCUGUGGACGCUGUACGCAAAGUUUGAGGCCAUUGCCGAGGCGCAGCGCGUGUUUCACGAAUUCAUCAAGGCUCUGAUCCGACGCGAAGGGGCGGGCAACAACGGCGCUCUGCUGGGAAGCUUCAAGGAGCUGUGGAAUCUCUACCAGAAUGAGAUACGGUCGCUACUGCACAACUACGUCACCACGGACGCGGACGUCUACCAAUCCGACUCUCCGGUCCCCGGAGCCCAUUUCAACGGCAAGAAGGAUGCCGCGCGGGAGCACCUGUUCAAGUUUUCCGAAACGGAAAACAAGGCGCUGGACCUGGCGACCGAGUUUGACGCCCUGGAAGUCAUCAUCCAGGCAACUGUCCCGGGCCUGACCAGCACCUCCCGCAAGACGGGGCCGGAUUCCAAGAGGAACCGGGUCGCCUUGGACGGCGGCCUGGUCCGGCGAGACACGGACCAAGGGCUCGUGGGCUCCGGCAAACCUUGCGCCGGGUCCUACAAGUCUCUCGUCGAGCCCAGCGUGUUCAACAUGAGCCUGCUGCUGCCACCCACUCUGACGUUUCUCCAACGGCUAAAGACGAUUGUGCCUCCCGGGUCGGACCUGGCCACGAGCACGUUGACGACCUUUUUGGACAACUUCCUCGUCAACGUCUUCCAGCCCCAGCUGGACGAGACGCUGAGCAAGCUGGGCGACACGGUGUUCGGAGAAGCCAGCUCGUUCGUGCAGGACCAAGCCUGGAGCCAGGCGGCGCCGAGGCCGAUAUUCAAAGGGACGACCCUCUUCUUCCAGGUCGUCACCGCGUUCUGCAAGAUGCUGGGCACGAUCCCGCCGGAUCAGGCGCUGAGCUCGCUCAUCCUGACGCAAAUGCUGCGCUACUUUGAUCGGUGCUUCCGCUGGUACGGGUCCCUGGUGACCAAGACGGGGGACGAAGGCGUCGAGGCCAAAAACUUGCGGGCGGCCGCGCGCCUGUCCAUGAAGUCGGGCUCGUUGCAGGCCGCAACGAAGCAGCUGUGGAGCUCGCCGGAUGCCCAGGCGGAGCUCAUUGACCAGGAGAUUGGCGAGUUGAUUGAGCAGACAAACGAGUCGAAGCUGGACACGGGCGACAUAAUCCAGGACCGGGACACAGUCUCGUCGCUGUGCCUCUUGUACACGAGCAUGAGGUGGCUUGCGGCCAAGAUUUCGGGUUUGCGGCACAUAACAGCGCACGAGACCGACUCUUCGAUCCAAGCCCCUCGACAGGCGAACCGUCGAUGGACUCUGACGGCCGACCACGACAAGGCGGCAUAUGACCAAGGACAGGUGCACCUGCCCCUGACGGAGGAAUCAGCGCAAAAGUUUGACAACAUCGUUGCCUCGUAUGAAGAGCUUGCCAUGACGGCCCUUCUCACGCUUCACAUGGAAGUGCGGUGCCGAAUCGUCCACUCGUUGCAAAACGUCCUCUGUCCCGACCUUGCCCCGUAUCUGCUGGACCAGGAGGUGCGCGAGCCGGACCCCCAGAUCCUCGGGCUCAACCACGAGCUCGUCAUCCUGGACGAGACGAUUGUUCGCCACCUGCGCGACAAGGAGGUGUCGUUUGUGCGCAACGGGCUCGGCCGCCUCAUCAACACGUACCUGGUGCGCAACGCCAGGCUGGCGUCGCCGAUGAACGACAAGGGCUGCGGGCGGAUGCAGCUCAACAUACUGGUGCUCCAGCAGAACCUCAAGAACAUAGAGCAGGGCGUCGACCUGGCCAGGUCGGCCAACUACUUUGCCCUGUUUGAGCAGGGGCCGGACGCUAUCGUGGAGAAGGCGAGGCAGGCAAAGGACAAGGCGGCGGCGGCGGCGGACGGGGAUGGGGAUGGGGAUGCUGAUGCGGGUGCGGGUGCGGGUGCGGGUGCGGAUGCGGAUGCUUUUACGUACGAGGAGCUGGGGGCGCUGAUGGAGCUGUGCUUUAGCGAGCCGAUGGCGGACAAGGAGAGGGGCAUUGCGAGCGCUGCGCGCAGGAGGAUGGACGAGAAGCUGCAGGAACUGAGGGAGCAUCUGGGGCAGUCAUGA